AUGCAGGACUCGGCAGAAUCGGGUGGGCGGGUACUGAGAGAUGAUCUUCCUCCUGAAAAACGCGAAAGAGCGCUCAGGUACCAGAAUUAUUCGCCCGAGGAAGAGACGAUUCGGAACGAUUACUCCCAACGAUAUGUAGAUGGUGGCGAAUGGCCGCAGAACUGGGUGCUGGGGGCCGAACCAGAGCGUCGAUUCGAAGAGUAUCCCAAACAGCAACGCUUACUAAGGCUCAAGCAGCAGCAAGUGGCGGCCCACGCCCAUGAGCCAUGCUACCUUCCGCUCUCCCUAAUAUCAACUUUGAUUCCCUCAAAAUUCGAUGUAAUUCUCGUCGACCCACCCUUCUCCUCGACGUUUACCUGGGAUACGCUACUCGACACCGACCAAUUUCCAAUUCCAUUACUAGCUGCUGAGCCGAGUUUUAUUUUCCUAUGGGUUGGAAGGGGAGCCGGAGAUGGAUUGGAGAGGGGGAGAUAUGCGCUUGGGAAGUGGGGUUACCGCCGUUGCGAGGACGUCGUUUGGAUCAAGACAAACAAGACCUCGAAUGCUGGCUCUGGGACAGACCCUCCGACGACCUCCUUGUUCACUCGUACAAAGCAACAUUGCCUAAUUGGCAUCAAGGGGACUGUCAGGCGUUCGACUGACAGUUGGUUCGUUCAUUGUAACGUCGAUACCGAUGUCAUGAUCUGGGAGGGUGAUCCAACGGAUCCAACGCGGAAGCCUCCAGAGACGUACACCCUUAUUGAGAAUUUCUGCCUGGGGCUUCGGCGACUGGAACUUUUUGGGAAGCUUACCCCUACCACGAGCAGUCCCACGAAAAGUAGGGAAGGGCGGGAUCUUCAAUCUCACUCGUUCAGACCAGGAUGGGUUACUGUUCUCAUGGAUGAGAUCCCCGAUGAAGACAUUGAAAUGGAUGUUGAGUUGCCCGUUCCCACAAACCAAAGCGAUGUGAUCUAUGACAAUGAUGGGAUGCAAAUUGGUGCAAUACGUUCAUUAAAUUAG